ACUCUGACAUUGACAACUAAAAGUAAGAGUGAAACGGCUUGACGAUAGUCACUGAGAUUUACUAGAUUUUGUGGAAAAUUCAGUGAAAAUGUCUACCGUGGAGGAGUUACAGAAGAGAGUGAAGGAGCUGGAAGCCCAGCUAGCCUCGGUCCAGGGGAACGCUGGCCCAGCACGCCAGAAAAUUGAUGUGAUGUCGUCCGAAGUUGUGGAUUCUAAUCCAUACAGUCGCCUGAUGGCUCUGAAGCGUAUGGGCAUUGUUGACAACUAUGAGAAGAUCCGUGAGAUGUCCGUAGCUGUGGUGGGAGUCGGAGGUGUCGGCAGUGUCACUGCUGAGAUGCUCACCAGGUGUGGGAUUGGAAAGUUGAUCCUGUUCGACUAUGACAAAGUGGAGUUGGCAAACAUGAACCGGCUGUUCUUCCAGCCGCACCAGGCUGGGCUCAGCAAGGUGGAUGCAGCGGCCUCCACUCUGCAGAACAUCAACCCCGAUGUUACCAUUGAUGCUUACAAUUACAAUAUCACCACUGUUGAGAACUUCCAGAAGUUCUGUGAUACUAUCAGGACUGGCAGUUUGACCGGCGGCCCAGUAAACUUAGUGCUGAGCUGUGUAGACAACUUCGAGGCUCGUAUGGCGAUCAACACAGCCUGCAAUGAGCUCAACCAGAAGUGGUUCGAGUCUGGUGUCAGUGAGAAUGCAGUAUCUGGACAUAUUCAGUUCAUUGCGCCAGGCCAGACUGCCUGUUUUGCUUGUGCACCACCUUUAGUAGUUGCAUCUAAAAUUGAUGAGAAGACAUUGAAGAGGGAGGGAGUUUGUGCUGCCAGCCUUCCAACGACCAUGGGCAUUGUGGCAGGUUUCCUAGUUCAAAACACAUUGAAAUAUUUGCUAGAGUUUGGCACAGUCACCCAUUACCUGGGAUACAGCGCUUUAACAGAUUUCUUCCCCAUAAUGGCAUUGAAGCCAAAUCCUCAAUGCGAAGAUAUGUACUGCCGCCUGCGUCGGGAGGAACAUAAUUUGAGGCCUGUAGUGGAGGUAGCCACUGAGGUCACUGAGGACUCAGCACCAGUGCAUGCUGAUAAUGAAUGGGGAAUCAGUCUAGUGGACGAGAACACACCAGAGGAUGAUGACUGCUCACACCUCAAAUUAGUAGAUGGAGUUCAGGUGGCAUACAGCGUUCCCGUAGACAAUAGCACUCCAGAGUCAAGUACUGGUGGCGCAGUGGCGGCCUCCGAGCUCUCUCUCGAAGAACUGAUGCAGCAGAUGAAGUCCAUGUAAACUUGCCCAUCACCAGUCAAGUACAUCGGUGGAUGGUCCACUCCAUAUCAUUUAAACAAAUUUUGUGGUUGUAUGCAAGCAUUUAUUUGAAUGUAUGAAAAAGCAUUAUGUGCUAGCGAUCAUGGAAAGUUCUUGGAUAAAACAAAUUUACUUAAUUAAGUUAUACUUAAUCGGCCAUAACACAUUAGGGUGACUAUGCUCAAAGUGAAAUUCUUAUUAUAUUUAUUUGACAGUAAAUGUAAUAAUGAUAAAUUUAUACUUAUAAUAAAAUAUGUAUAUGAUGUAUGUAAGUUUUUAUACGAGUUCAAAAGGAAUGUGAUGAAUAACGGCAAGUUUUGGAACGUAAUUGUUUUAUUAAUUCUGUGUCUGAUGCUUGACUGUUUUAUAAUAUGUAUGUGUAGCUGAAAGCUAAAGCAUUUGUGAUGAAGUUAUUGGAGUGUUAGUGUAAUAAAUACGAAGAUUUUUCACUUAAUCGAUUAUUGUUCUAAGAAUGUAUUGAAAUAUAAACAUGUAUGUAUUGAAUCGCUUUGUGACAAUGCAUUGGAAGCAUUCCAGCUUUUUGUAUAAACUAUAUAAUUUAUUUAAGAGUCAAUAUAGCGUAAGUAGUAUUUAAUUUAAUUUUUUGAUGUGUUUAAAAUUUUAUACCAAUAUUGUUGUUAGCUGCGCUGAGCUGAAUAUCAUUAUACACAUUGUAUUGUAACAAUUUUUGAAUAUAAUUAAAUAUCUGUGAGUA